UUUGUUCCGGUAAAAUCCAUCAUAUCAACCAAACGCCAGGACUCCGGCAGGACGUGCUUGCUUUACGAUUCCAACAAGGAUAGAUUUGUUUUCAUGAACUAAUCAUCUGCUUCAAUCGACGGUAAUAUCAGAGCCACAAUGCUCGAAUUUUAAUGGCGAUCGAACGAUUGAAGUUAAGCAAGUGAAGCUUUAGGCAGAAAAAACACACAAAUUAUAAUGGCCACGACAGAAAUGUAGAAAAAAGAACUCGAGACAGCUCAACGAAGUAUUUUCUUCUUCAGUGUUAGAUUUGCUGAUGCGUUGCAGGUGACUGGAAAACAAAAGUUUCAAGAUCGAUGAAAUUAGGGUAUCGUUUAUGUUCUGUUGAAUGCGAAUAAAUUUUAAAGAUUACCGGCCUUUCAUGAGCAUCCGAGGAAAACUUCAAGAUCGUGCUGGUGUUGCUAAGAAGUGUCCAAGCUGUCAUGCUUUUCCAGAAAAUCUAGCCAGGGAACCUAUGCUAUCCCCUUGUUUUCAUUGUUUUUGUAAUGUUGGACUCACUUUUUCCAUGGUUUGGGACAAUGGGACAUGAAGCACGGUUAUGGUGUGGUUUUUGAGAGGAUUUUCUUGCAUAUAGAUGAUUUUCUUUGCUCUACUCAAAAUUUGAUAGCUGAAUUUCAAACUUAUUGUACACGUGGGCUCUUUGCUGAAGUGGUUCAGAUGGAGGAAAUAGAUUAUAGACUAGACAUUUUGGUUUGUGAUGGUUUUGAGCUGCUUAUAGGCUGGCUAUGAUUCUUCUUUCUGUGCUUGUGGGACAUGGCCAUGCCCUUUUUAGGGCAAGUUUUUCUCCAUCCUUAAGACAUUGAGAUGGAUGAGAAAGUGGAAAGAGCAGCAGAAAGCAAUAGUGUUUCAAGGCAGGUUGGCUCUAGACCUCAGCCUGUAACAAAUGAGGCAUUUUUACCAUCAGGUCAUGGAAUAGCAUAUGAGCCAACCUUCAUUUCUUCAAAUCUGAGGCCCUUGAUCUUUGGUAAACUAAAUGGAGGAAUGCGUGUUACAAAUUAUUCUGUGCAAACUGGUGAGGAAUUUGCUUUGCAAUUUGCACAGGAAGCAUCAAGAACUCAGAGACGAGUAGAAUUGGAACAAGUACCACUUUCAAAUGUAAAUGCCCACGAAUCCAACACUUACGUUUAUGAGGAUUUGACAGGUAUUCUUGGUAUUGGGCGAGUUGAUUCUGGAACCAAUUCUGAGAUUUCUAUACUAGGAGCAGAAAGAGGCAACUUAAGUGGUUAUGGGAGCCAUUUCAAGUCUUCAUAUAAUGACUCUUUACAAGGAAUACAAACUUCCCGGUCUGGCAAUGAUGGUGGGUAUCAUUUGGAAGAAGGAUCCUUCGCUUCCACUCAGCAAACUGGGCUUCAUCACACGUCUUACUCUAUGCACCAAUCUUACCAUUCUGGCCUAUCAACUGAUUCUUCUCAAGGAAAGGUGAAGUUCAUGUGUAGUUUUGGGGGAAAAGUUCUGCCCAGGCCUAGUGAUGGGAAGCUUAGAUAUGUGGGUGGUGAAACACGUAUUAUAACUGUGAAUAAGGAUGUUGGCUAUGAGGAACUUAUGCAAAAAAUUAUUGAUGUUUAUGGUCAGGCUCUUAUUCUGAAGUAUCAGCUACCAGGUGAGGACCUUGAUGCUCUGGUGUCUGUGUCCUCUGAUGAAGAUCUUGAAAAUAUGAUGGAAGAAUAUUACAAACUGGAUAAUAAGGACGGGUCUUCACGACUGCGGAUCUUUCUCUUCACUGGAUUAGAUAACGAACUUACUCAUUUUGAUGUCAUAGCUGAUAUGAGGCAUUCUAAGCAGCAAUAUGUUGAUGCAGUCAAUGGUAUCUUGGAGACAAGCACGAGAAAACAUUCAGGGAGUAUAGUGAGUUUUUCAUCGCAACAUCUGGAUAAUUUGAUUGGACUAGAUGUUGCGGAGAACUGGAACACUGCUGGAAGAGCUCAAGAAGACAUGGAUUCAUUACGGCUUCAAUAUUCAAAAGAUGGCCAGAAGAUUGUGAAUUUUCCAAAUGUUGUGCCAUUGUCUUCCAAGCCAUCAGUAUCUAAUUCUGCUUUUGCAAUCAAAUCACCUACAAUUUCAGCUCCAUUCUCUUCUCUGCCGAUGCAUGUCAGAGUCAUACAAUCUGUAGUAGCAGAAAGUCCUAUGCACUUUAUCCAAGAGCAGAUAAAUUUGCAUCCACGCUCGGUAGUUCUUCCGUCAGAGGGUAUCCAUGAUAUAGAUUAUGGAAGACCCAUAUCCUCUUCUGCUGCAUUUCAUCCCGACUUUCAAAAUAAACAUACAGAAUCUAAAACAUCCCAAGAUUCAGCUGGCAACCAGAACAAUGAUUUUCUGCUCCCAAGCCACUCAGAUUCGAUGUACAAAGGUGAUGGCCAAUUCACUGAUACUAAGGUUGCUCAGCCCACAUUGGAUCUCAGGUCAGAUGAGCUUCAUUCUGUGGAUCUUCAACGAAUUACUCAUUUCCCACCUCCAGUACAUCAACCUGUGUGGCAUCGUUUUGAUACGGAACAGUAUAGCUACACACCAACAGAUUAUGUUCCGCAGGUAAAUUCUGGCAGUGUGCAUUUGCAACACCGUGUUCAACAAUAUACAGUACAGAACACUCAGUCUGGAAACCUUGGUACUGCUGUUCCCAAACAAACUGAUUCUCUUCACUUAACCCAUGAUGAUGAGGUCGAAGCUCCUCAAGGUUCCAGUUUGAGCAAUGACACUGGUUCCAAUACCGUGAAGCAGGCUACUUCAUCUCCACACCAAGGUGGAGUAGUCCAGUCAAUUGCAGAGGGUGAACAAACCCACAAUACUCCACAUGUUGAUCAACAAUAUAUUAGCACAAGGGUGCUAGAAGAUGACAAUCAGCAAGGUUUUCCUUCUAAUCUGUCUCAUUCAGAUGAGCAAUUUACUCAUCAGCAGACAAUAUCUGAAGAAGUUGUCACAAAUUUAAAUGAACGGUUCAUUCGUCCACAGGCAUUGCCUCAUGUUCUUUCUGAUAAUGUGCUACAAACACAUGCCACUAAGUCAGUGCAUCUCAUGAGUGAAGGGGCUUCUAUUUAUCAAGGUCAUCAUUCAGAUAGUUUAAUAGGAACGGGACCUUUUCAUGCUGGACCAAGAACUACUCAAGAAAGUUUGAUAUCUUUCCUAGAUCAAGGUGGUGUGGCUGAUGCAGACAGUAAAGUUGUUCAUCAGGAUGAGCGAAUUUCACCUGUCUUUUCUGGAUGGCAACAGGGUAAAGCUACACAUGGUAGUGGAGAGAGUUUAAAAGAACAAAAUUUGUUUCAUUCUAAUUUUAGUGAGAUCUUAGAUGAGAGUGAUAAAACUUUUGACCAGAAAUCAUUGGAAAAGUCUGAUAAAAUGCCUGCUGCUAGGAGGACAAGAACUGAUCAAUUUGAUUGCAGCAAUGAAGAGCAGAUUUCCGAGUUGUCAGGGGUUGAUUAUGCCAAACCAGCUGCGAGCUAUGGUGUGUUAAAACCACCAGAGGACAUGACUACUCUUGUGUCCCUUGGGUUGGGUACUUCUUAUGAAGCUUUUAAAAAAACUGACACUCCUGAAACUUUAGUGCCCGCAUCCUAUCAACUUAAGGUGCCUAUUACUGCAGGACAGAUUGGAGCAACAUACAUUGUUACUGAGGCCGCACAAGCAUCACAGUUGUCUGAAAGGAUGAACCACUCUGUAUUGCCUAGGCCUGGAUCCAGUGUUCAGGAAGGUAUUAUAUUUAAUCCUCUUGAAGAACAUACUGCUUAUCAUCAUGCUGGAAAUGUUCAUCUUCAACUGCCUACUUUUGAUCAAAGGAUCAGUAACGAGAGAUUGACAGAGACUGGUUCUAAUCCUUUCUUGCCUACGACUGGAGUUGAAGCUUGUGUUCCUUCAAGCAUGUCUGGGGUAUGGUGGGAUGACAUGAGAUCAGAAAGAGAUUAUACAAAUGUUGAGGCAUCCAGAUAUACCUGUGAGCCAAAAGGGAAUUUAAUUGAUGAAUUAGCUCAUGAUCAACUCCCUUCAACAGUUAACAAUGAUACGAGCAGGUCUCAAUACCAUCCUGUGCAGUUUUUGGGGCAGAGCCUGAUUGAUGAUGAUUAUGGACACUUGUAUCCAGUUUCGGGUAUUCUUUCAAAUGCCAGAUUUAUUGAUGACCUUCCAAGUUCUAGUUCAUUGCAUGUGCCUGUUAGCUCUGAAGAUGGGAUUUACCAGAAAACAGUUCCUUUGGACCACAAUAUUAGCAAAGGUUUAUUCCACCAGCCCGCAGCUGACCAAGCAGGAAGUGAUGAGAUUGAUGAGAGCUACUCUAAUGAUUUUAAAUCCCAUUUGGAUAUUGUGGGAGUUGCUUUAGACCAUGUUAACCUCCAUGAAAAUUUAGACAUGGAAAGAAAUGGUGAGUCACUCAAUUUUUCACAGAUGAUGGAGACACUGAAUUCAAACUUUCCUCCCACAUCAACUCUGUCUGAUGGUAAAUGGGGUGCAGCAAGUGAGGAUGUUAGAGUUGAUGAUAAUAUCUUACUUGAAAAAGUGGUUGAAGUAGCAGAUGAGGAUUCCACAAUAAUUGAGGGUUCCAUAUUAAAUCAUGAUUCAGACAAUGAUGAAGCUAGAAAUGAAGAUUCGGACAAGGAUGAAGCUGCCAGUGAUGCAGUUAUUGCUGAAUGUGAAGCUAUAGCUCAUGGAUUGCAGAUUAUAAAGAAUGCUGACCUUGAAGAACUGCGAGAACUUGGCUCUGGCACUUUUGGGACAGUGUACCAUGGAAAAUGGAGGGGAUCAGAUGUUGCAAUUAAACGAAUAAAAAAUAGCUGUUUUAUGGGAAGGCCAUCAGAGCAAGAGCGCAUGAGAGCUGAUUUUUGGCGGGAAGCUUUGAUGCUUGCACAAAUGCAUCAUCCAAAUGUUGUUGCCUUCUAUGGUGUUGUCCCAGAUGGUCCUGGGGGAACUCUGGCAACUGUGACAGAAUACAUGGUAAAUGGCUCACUUAAACAAGUCCUUCAAAGGAAAGAUAGGUCAAUUGAUCGCAGAAAGCGGUUGUUAAUUGCAAUGGAUGCUGCUUUUGGAAUGGAAUAUUUACAUAGCAAGAAUAUUGUACAUUUUGACUUGAAAUGCGAGAAUUUGUUGGUCAACAUGAGAGACCCUCAACGUCCUAUAUGCAAGGUUGGGGAUUUAGGCCUGUCAAAAAUUAAACAUCAAACCUUAGUUUCUGGUGGUGUGCGUGGAACCCUUCCAUGGAUGGCACCAGAGUUAUUAAAUGGCAGCAGCAACAUGGUUUCUGAGAAGGUUGAUGUGUUUUCAUUUGGAAUAGUAAUGUGGGAGCUCCUCACAGGCGAGGAACCAUAUGCUAACAUGCAUUAUGGAGCAAUAAUUGGAGGUAUAGUGAGCAAUACGUUGCGUCCACAUGUACCAAACUGGUGUGAUCCUGCUUGGAGAUCAUUAAUGGAGCAGUGCUGGUCAGCUGACCCUAAUGGAAGACCUUCGUUUACAGAAAUAGCCAACCGAUUACGUGCAAUGGCCAUCUCAUUUCAUUCAAGGGGCCAUGGUCAUCAUCAUCAUGUUCAUCAUGGUUAGAGCUAAGCAAAGUUAAGACUUCUGCACCUUAUUUUAGGCAAGGUUUGGUACUAAUCUUUACAUGAUGCUGACAAUAUUUUCAUAUUGUUUAUAAUUUAUUAUUUACAAGGGGCUUGAAAUUCCAUGAAAUAUUUUUAACAGUCCCUUCAGAUUUACUUGUAUGUUAGCUGUGAACACCCUGCAGGGGGGUUUCGAUAACAACAAUUCAAUUGUAGUUUAUGCCUAGUAUGUGUUCGAUGUAGGAAAUAAGUGACCUGCUGCAUAUUAUAAUAUGUAAAAAUGGCACUUUAUGCUGUUUGCAUCCAAGGUCAGGGGUUUCUUAGAAGGAAAAGCUGUAUCAAAUUAAUGUAAAAGAAUGCUGUUUUCCAAUGUGGAAGAAUAGAGGGCAUUUCAGCCCUGCAAUUUUACAA